CGGUUGAUAUAUGUGCCUUUGCGGCGCUGAUGUCUCGAAGCUCUCCAUGGCGGUCACCUGGCUCUUGCUACUGGUCUGUGUGUUGACGCACAUGCACGUAGACGUUGAUUCAGUCAGAGCAGGAGGGUGGGUAAGGACAACUAUCUCGACUCUGCAACCGGAAAGGCUGUGGCCCGUCACCUGGGGCGGGAACAACCCUAAGUGGCUUCUCAGGGGAGGCCGGGCACAUGUGCUACAGAUAGGAUCCCGGGCUCUUCUACUCCUGGCUUCGCAUCCUGCAGGCGGUUGACUGACGUGACGCUGCGCCGCCUUCUGUGCCCCUACCCAGCCGGAGGGAGAGGUGCGGUCUUUGGAGACUUUGAGCGCUGACGCAAUAUUGUUGCCGGAAUCCGGGGAACAUCUGACACGCAGGAUGCCGGUGCGCUUAUUUCUCCGUGUCAUAUAUCAUAUCUC